AUGGCAGAUCACGGGUCCCUUGUUCAUGACCUCGAUAUCGCCCGACACGGCGAUGUCGCCGGCUUGACGGUGGUGGGACCGGUCGCCGAGAGCUGGAACGCUUGGGGCCUUCGCCCUGCAUGCGGAUGGCGAGCUGUGACGUUCAGGACGAUGUCGGUGACGUCUUCACGCACACCGGCCAGCGACGAGAACUCGUGCAGGACAUUCCCCGAUUUGAUCGAGGUGACCGCCGCGCUCGAGCGACGACAGGAGAACGCGGCGAAGCGCGCGUUGCCAGCAGGUCAGGCCGACGCUCCAGCGGUUUCGGCAACAAACGUCGCCUUCCGCUUGCCAUCGCCGCCCCUUCUUUUCAGAGCGUUGGGCUUCUUCAGUUCCCUGCCAGUUCUUUGCGUUGACGGACACGUGGUUUCCCCCCUGAGUUAUGGGCGGAACGGGGACGGUUCCAGCCAAAUGAGUAGAGGUAUGGCCGACCUUUCGUCAGCCGGCCGUAGCAAGCAUCGAACGCGGCGACGCUUGGAAGGCCACGCCGUUGUGCGGGAUCGAGGACCGCGCGUGCGCCGCUCGCGGCCCGAACCCGCCCUUCCGCUUCGACUUCCGGGGUGCGCACGCCGUGCUCGGCGGCCUUCGUUGCCGGCGUCUUCGGCGGCGACCCCAUGGGCGUACGGGGUCGACUUGCGCGAACCCCUUGAAGCCCAUGCGGCGACGACUACGAAAUGGCGUUGCCUGCGCGUCGGUGAUGGUGAUCAUCGUGUUGUUGAGCUGGCGUUCACAUGGGCAACGCCGGCGGUGAUGUUCUGCGCUCGCGACGGCGAAUGCGCUGCAGUUCACGUGCCAUUGGGGAAAAUCCUGACCCGGUAUCCUGAUGCGGAGCGGCGGGCGGUCAGCCACAAGCCUGCCUCCGGCAGGAGUAAUUCGUCCCCCGGACGAAUUACUUCUUCUUGCCCGCGAUCGGCUUCGUCUUGCCCUUUGCGGGUGCGCAUUGGUGUGCGUGCGCUGGCCGAUCGCCUUCCACCGUGUGAUCGGCGUCGAUGGUUUCACGGAUCUGCAGGACUUCUGGUCCGACAGGUCUGGACGCGACGAUCCGCGGCGAUGUUCAGCUUGGCGGUGAUUUCCUUCAUUGGCCGGACCGAUGCCGUGGAUAUAGGUCAGCGCGAUGAUCACGCGCUUGUUGGUCGGGAUGUUGACACCGCGAUACGUGCCAUGAAAUUUGUUCUCCCUAGCUCACGAAACUGGCAUGGCCGCACAUGCUCCAUCUCAACGCGAUGGUUUCCGCCGCAGGAAUUGCGACGCCCGCAAAUCGCGCGUCGUCAAACCGGGGGUGUUGGAGGACGGCCAGUUAGGGCCCGCGCAACCGCAUCAAGCGAUCGGUUCCCGAAACUUGAACGAUUGGACGCGCUUCAGCGCCCUGCAGAAACCAUAGGCCGACCCGCGAUGCAUCCCAAGACGAAGCGCGUCCACCAAUGCGAACCGAUUCCAUCACUAGCACAGCAGGGUGAAGGACACGGCGGCGAGGCCGAAGGAGAGAGAUCCAUGGCGGGAUGUAAAGCGUUGCAGGAUGACCUUAAGCCCGAUCCUCCCCGGGUACGGGGGGUGGCAGGCGAAAGGCCUGACGGAGAGGGGCUUCCACAAGCAGAUCAUUUACGGAACGCCCUCCACCACCGCUGCGCGAUGCCCCCGUGCCGAGAGGAUUUAGGAAGUCGAACCGCCCACCAUGCAGCCGCGCCACCGCCUCGAUCAGUGCCAUGCCCAGCCCCGCCCCGGGCGUCGUACGCGCCGAGUCGAGCCGUCCGAAGCGCUUCAAAGCCUGCGCCCGGUCCGCCUCGGCGAUGCCGGGGCCGCGAUCCUCGACCCGGAAGACGAUGCCCCCCAACCCGCGCGACAGGCGCAGCGUCACCUGCCCGCCCGACGCGCCGUAGCCUCAAGGCAUUGUCGAUCAGGUUGAUAGCUGCCGGCUCAUCAACUCACGGUGGAUCGGCAACGGCGCCGCCGAUCUUCCACUUCAAUCGCCGGAAAGCGCAAGCCGGCAUCUCGCCGGCGCGUAGAGCUCACUCAAUCCUCGACCAGCUCGGCGGGCGCGACCGUGGAAGCGGUCGUCGGUCUCGACCAGCAGCCGCCCAGGCGCCGCCUCGCGCUGGUGCGGAUCGGCGAUCAGCACCGCCUGCUCGGUCUUGGUGCGCAGGCGCGCGAGUGGCGAGCGCAGAUCAUAUGCCAGCUGUCGGUGACGACCCGCAACUCGGCCAUCAACUGCUCGAUCUUGCCGAGCAUGGCGUUCAGCCGCACCGCCAACCGGUCAAAGGCAUCACUGUCGCCAUCGCCUUCGCGAACCAGCGAGACGCGACGCGACGGGUCGCCCUCGCCGCUGCAUCCGCGACCGAAACGAUGCUGUUGAGCCGCCCUCACGACAUAAUGGCCGGGACCAACCCGUGCACCGACCCCAGCAUCAGCGACAGCACGACCGCCAAGCCAACGCACGCUCGAUCGCGAUCUGCUGCGCCUCGAUCAGAUCGAGGGCGGCCGACCAACAAACCAGUCAUCGCCAAUCGGAUGGAGCGUGUAAGCCCGCCUCGCGCGAGGCCCAGACGCCCCCUGCCCCAGCACGGCGAUACGGAAUGGCGUGUCGGCCAACGGCACCGCCAGAUGAGCUAG